AUGGAUGUUUCGUCCAACAUGGGCUGCCCGGCCCCAUUCACAUUCGGCAGCUGUGACGAUGCCCCAAAGGGCUCAUCUUCGGGGGCUCAACCCCAUGGCCGCCCCCCAGCACGAAGGCGUCGUCACUCCCACUUUGUGCAAAGGAGAAAAUCCAUUGUCAAUCACCUCAUGGACGGAGAGGAAGGCCUCCUUCUUAAGCUGGAUCUAUUCUUAACCGAACUCGAGAAGCGACUGGAUUAUUGGGAAAAUUAUGGAGAGCUCAGCUUGGACUCGAGUAUAUCAGCCGCCUUCGACACCUUACAGGCUGUCAGGACAAGAUGCUCGCAGGUUUCGGGAGAGGUCAUGGGCGCUGGGCGCAGGAGACUGCAUGUGAUGGUGGAAACCCUCGAGUCCGGCUACCAAGACGCGAUGGCUGCGGCAGAAUCUCUCAACGAAAAGGCGAAGGUCGGCAUUGAGCUGCUCGACCAAAUGCUGCAGGACCUGGAGGACCAAGCUGCCAGAUUCCGGGCGAAGGGCCUCGCGAACACUGCCGAGACCAUCAUGGAUGAAGCGCAUCGCGUUGUGGACGAAGGCAUCGAAAGGGCGCUCCGUGCGGCUGAAUCACUCGAGGACCACGUCCAGCGUGCCAUCUCUCGCGCCAGAGAGCACGGGCUACUCCGCUAUGAGGACCUCCCCGUUCCCUGGAGGAUUAACCCGCACAUCACCAAGGGCUAUCGCUUCUCCGAGACGAAAUUAGCCUGCGUGAGGUCUGCAUUCAGCUUUUCCAACGAGCUCGUCAACAUCUGGUCCCAUACCAUAGGCCUUGUCCUCGUUCUCGCUAUCGCGUUCUAUUUCUACCCCACGAGCGCCAAUUUCUCGCUGAGCUCAAAGGCGGACAUUUUCAUUGCUGCCGUCUUCUUCUUCGCCGCAUGCCAGUGCUUGGUCUGCAGUGUCAUCUGGCACACCAUGAAUUCGGUGGCCGAUGUUUGCCUCAUUUCGAUGUUUGCUUGUGUCGACUACACCGGCAUCUCGUUGCUCAUCGCCGCUUCGAUCAUGACGACCGAGUACACCGCGUUUUACUGCGAGCCCGUCAGCCGCUGGGUUUACAUGGUUACGACGGCAUUGUUGGGCAUCGGCGGUGUCAUCCUUCCUUGGCACCCACGCUUCAAUGGCCAGGAUAUGGCAUGGGCACGAGUCGCCUUCUUUGUUGCACUUGCUGCCACGGGCUUCCUCCCCAUUCUGCAACUUUCGCUGACACGCUCCCCGGCGACUGUCUUUGAGUUUUACACCCCGAUCGGCAAAUCUCUCUUGGUAUAUUUCCUUGGCGCCCUCGUCUAUGCCAGCAAGGUACCGGAAAGAUGGUGCCCCGGCAUGUUCGAUUAUGUUGGGGGCAGCCAUAAUCUUUGGCACAUUGCCGUUCUUGGUGGCAUCCUGUUUCAUUACACGGCCAUGCAGGAAUUCUUCUCCCACGCUUUCCGACUCGCUAGCCAUGGUUGCACGACAUACUAA